CGGCCGCCACCGCCCACACAGGGCACCUUCCCCAGCCAUGUCCCCCAACUACAUCCGGAGCUUCUCGGAGGGAUGUCUCAGGCCGCCAACAGUAAUUGGACAAUUCCACACUCUUUUUUUUGGCUCAAUUCGAAUGUUUUUCCUUGGUGUUUUGGGCUUUGCUGUUUAUGGAAAUGAGGCCUUGCAUUUCAGCUGUGACCCAGACAAGAGAGAGGUUAAUCUUUUCUGUUACAACCAGUUCAGACCUAUAACUCCUCAGGUAUUCUGGGCAUUACAGCUGGUGAUUGUACUGGUACCUGGAGCCUUUUUUCACCUUUAUGCUGCUUGUAAGAGCAUCAAACAGGAAGAUAUUCUCCAAAAGUCAUCAUACACUGGUUUUUAUAUCUUCUCUGUUUUCUUAAGGAUUGUCCUUGAAGUUGUGGCUUUUUGGCUUCAGAUUCAGCUCUUUGGUUUCAAAGUGAACGCAAUCUACAUGUGUGAUGUGGGAGCACUUGAUAAAAAGUUUAACAUUACCCGGUGCAUGGUGCCAGAGCACUUUGAAAAGACAAUCUUUCUUAUUGCAAUGUACACAUUUACUGUGAUUACAGUGAUCUUGUGUGUUGCUGAAAUUUUUGAAAUCUCAUGUAGAAGGCUAGGUAUCUUAAAAACUCAGUGAUGUCAACUUGCAUUCAUUUACUGCUCAGUCCACCUGCAGUUUUGUAACAAUGGUUUCAAACCACAGCAGAAAAACAUCUCCUGUCCUCUAUGCAGUGCUGCAGAAGAGAACCACUCUCAUGAUUACUGAGGCAGAAUGGUCACUUGACAUAAAAUUCUCUUCUAAAAACUUGCACACUAUGAGAACAAUCUUUGUUUCCAAGUCAAGGUCAAAGGCACUAAGAUCUCCAAGAGCAAUGUAUUUUCAUGACCUGCUACCUAUGAUAGUUCUGCCCCCAGAGGAGUGCUUGUGUGUGAGGAGAUGGUUAUUUAUAAACACACUUCUAUUCACAGCUUUUCUGAACACAUGCUAUCUGAGUUAAUAAGGCCAUUGCCCUUCUAGGAAAAAUUAUUGCAAACUUUUUACAUGUUCUUAUGGCUUGAGAAUUGAACAAUAAUAGUGGAUGUUCUCCGUGUACCAGAAAGAACUCCAACAUCUUCCCAAGAAGUGCCACUGAGAUGUAACCUGCAACUCAGCCCCCAGGGGCAGAGGCUCCUGGUUAGACUGUGGUGACAACAUAUCCAUGGAUACCAGCUUACUUUGCAGAGGCUCAGCUACUGUCACCUGCUGGCUCAGAAUCUCCUUUUAAAAGUGAAAGAGUAGCAUGGUAUUCUUUGUGCUGACUGCAAUGCCUCAUUACGUUUUAGCCUACCAUAAAGAAGAUUUUUUACCAAUAUAGUAUGAUCACAUUUUGAAGGAGGAAAAGGGCUUUUUAACAAUUUUGCAUAAGCGGCUUCAAAGUGUCAAAAUAAAAUCUUAGAGAAAAGCCUUUCCUAGGCCCAAUCAUGAUUUGAUUUCAAUGUGUUUUGCUUGUGUGUGACUGCAGAAUUGGGCCCACAGAAUUUUCUGAUGUUUGUGUCAGAUCUAACUUUUUCUUGCUCUGACUAAGGCUGCUAGAAUAACAGUGAAAAAGAACUCUGCAUAUUAAAAUUAUUCUAUGCAGUAAGUGUAUUGGGUUAGGUUAGGUCUUAAACUUUUUAUAGGCAUCAGUUGUUUUUGUGUGCAACAGCUUCUUCUUAAGUUUUAAUAAACAUAAUAAAUUUAGAAGUGAUUUCCUUGUGCUGAAGUGAGAUAAAGGAAAGAAAACAGAUUUCAGAAUCAGAAAGAAAGGAGGAGGUAGUUUCCUGUAUAAAAUAUCUACAAAUAGCUAUUACAACAAUCAACAAUUUUCCAUCUGUUUUUCAAACAUAAAAAAACUGAGAUCCUGAUAAGAGAAUCUGGGUAAUUUCAGAAAUAUUUAGAAAAUUCUGGAAAAAAUCUUACCAAUUGUUUUACCACCAAUUGUUAGUUAAUUAGUCCAAAUAUGAUUCAGCACAGCUGAAUUAUCAUAGCCUUGUAAUUCUCACCCACAAAAGUAAACCUGCUAAAUAAAUGGAAUAGCAAGUUUUAGGUGUCUUGGAUUUGAUUGAAUCUGAGUCGUCUGAAACAAAGUGGGCUACAAUUAGAUGUGUAGUUUUUUAAAUAUGCUGAUCAAGAACAAAACUACAUAUCUC